GAAAUAAUUUUUAUAAAUUUAGUUGUAAAUUUUAUUACGUGCUGCACACUUCCAAAUGUUUGAUCUACGGGGUAAAAAUGUAUGCUAUGUGGCCGACUGUGGCGGCAUUGCCCUGGAGACCUGCAAGGCGCUUAUGAGUAAAAAUAUUGCAAAAUUAGCCAUUUUGCAUAGCGUUGAGAAUUUGCAAGCGAUUGCCAAACUGCAGUCGAUCAAGCAUAGCACGCAGAUAUUUUUCUGGAACUACGAUGUGACGAUGGAGCGUGAGGAAAUGAAGAAAUAUUUCGAUGAAGUGAUGGUGCAAAUGGACUAUAUCGAUGUAUUAAUCAAUGGCGCCACCCUAUGUGAUGAACAGAAUAUAGCGGCGACUAUAAAUACAAAUCUAACGGGCAUGAUGAACACUUGCGCCACAGUGCUGCCCUAUAUGGAUAAAAAGCAAGGAGGCAAGGGUGGUCUCAUAUUGAAUGUCACCUCCGUUAUAGGCUUGGAUCCAUCGCCUGUGUUUUGUGCCUAUAGCGCUUCGAAAUUCGGAGUUAUAGGCUUUACCAGAAGUCUGGCAGAUCCUCUUUACUAUACACAAAAUGGCGUCGCUGUCAUGGCUUUGUGCUGUGGACCCACCAAGAUGUUUGUUAAUCAGGAUCUUAAAGCGUUUCUUAGCUAUGGACAAUCCUUUGCCGAUCGUUUGCGUAGUGCUCCCUGUCAAUCGACCGCGAUUUGUGGCAAGAACAUUGUCCAAGCCAUUGAGCUGGGAGAGAAUGGACAAAUCUGGAUUGCCGACAAGGGCGUUCUGGAGCUUGUCAAGCUGCAUUGGUAUUGGCAAAUGUCUGAACAGUUCCGACAUUAUAUGCAGAACCCGCAACCGCAUCCCGAAAAUUAA